AUGCAGUGGGAACCGGAGGGAGGUGGAAAAGUUGCCGGACUUGCGGGUGGCCGGCUUGUGUCUUUCAUUAAGUGGAUAAAUGCCGAGCUUCCCGACUUUAAUCUGCCUUUAGAAACUUCGGAAGAGGAAUUGAGGCUAUGCUUGAGUGAUGGAUUGGUAUUGUGUAGCAUUUUGGACAAGCUGGUUCCUGGUUCACUCCAGGUAGGAAGUGGUUCUUUGAAUGAGGUGACGGAUGUUGAAAGGUUUUUGGUAGCCUUGGAUGAAUUGGGAUUGCCAGGAUUUGAAUUGUCAGACUUGGAGCAGGGAUUGAUGGUGCCCGUGUUGCAGUGCCUUGAGAAUCUGAAAGCUCACUUUGUAUAUAAUGCUGCACGUGAAAAUGUCCAAAGUUAUUCUAGAAAGAGAUGGGACCAGCCAGACCUAACAUCCCUAGCUGAAACUGAUAGUUGCCUCAAGGAUGCUUCAAAUUUCCAACAUGCUAUUGAUGACUCUGUUGUAUCAGAUGGAAUUGCUUCCAUUGAUCAUAUUGGAUUCAAGUCUAAUGAACUGUUGCAGUUGAAACAAGGACUACACGUGGAUCUUUCAGAUGCCAAACUUAAUGAACUAUUGAAAUCAAACAAUUUGGACAGUAUCUCAUCUCGAUUUCUUUUUAACAUACUAAAUAGGAUCCUAAGUGAUAUCUUUGAAAGGAAGAAUGGAGAUAUACCUCAAGCUCAGCGUGCAGCAUGCCUGUUGAGAAAGAUUCUGCAAGUAAUUGAGUUACGCUUUUCAAAUCAAGCAGAAAGCAUGAAAAAUCAAAACAAUAUUUUCAAGGCUCGUGAGGGAAAGUAUCAAACAAAACUAAAUGCGGUUGAAACCUUGGCGGUAGGGACAACUGAAGAGAAUGAGCUUGUGACAGGUUGGGUUCAGAAGUUGAAGUUUUCUUUGCAGCUUGAACAAACUAAAUUUGAGGAAAAGAAGAAACUCGAAGAGCAGGAUUUUUCCCAAUUAAAGAAAGACAAAGUUCGCAGUGAUAUUGAAAUUGCUGCAUUGAAACAAGAUUUGCAAGUGGCAAAAAGAUCACAUGAAGAACAUGUUUUGCAGUUAGAAUUGCAAGCUUCUGAAUCUAGAGCUGAAUAUGAGAAAAGGAUACAAGAACUUAAAUUUCAUCUUGCUGAUGCGAGAAAGCAAGUGAAGGAACUGGAGGCAUUUUCGGAAUCCAGAUAUUUGAAUUGGAAGAAUAAAGAGCAUACCUAUCAAAGUUUCUUAAAUCAACAAUUUGGAGCUUUUAAGGAACUGAAAGCUGUCAUGAAAUCUGUCAAAGAUGAAGUGAUAAAAACAAAAAGAAGCUACUCGGAGGAAUACAAGUACUUUGGAAUCAAGCUCAAAGGUCUAGCCGAGGCUGCUGAUAAUUAUCACGUUCUUUUAACAGAAAAUAGGAAAUUAUAUAACGAAGUUCAAGAUUUGAAAGGAAAUAUCAGGGUAUAUUGUCGAAUUAGACCAUUUCUUUCUGGGCAAAGUCAGAAACAUACAACAGUUGAGUUUAUUGGUGAAAACGGAGAACUAAUUAUUAACAAUCCUCUUAAACAAGGAAAAGAAAGCCGCAAGCCUUUUAAAUUUAAUAAAGUUUUUGGUCCAGCAGCGCGUCAAGAGGAAGUAUUCUUGGACACUCGACCGCUAAUUCGUUCUGUUCUUGAUGGGUUCAAUGUUUGUAUAUUCGCUUACGGUCAAACUGGCUCAGGAAAGACUUAUACCAUGAGUGGACCUAACCUAUCAUCAAAAUCAGAUUGGGGAGUCAACUAUAGAGCACUUCAUGAUCUUUUCCAUAUCUCCCAGAGUAGGGAAAAUUCAAUUGUUUACGAAAUUGGAGUUCAAAUGGUUGAGAUUUAUAAUGAACAAUUUCAUUUCCUUGACUUGCACACACUUGGGAUUUGGAAUACUACCCAACCAAAUGGGUUGGCUGUUCCUGAUGCGAGUAUGCAUUCUGUGAAGUCUAUGAAAGAUGUCCUUGAGUUGAUGAACACCGGGUUGACGAAUCGGGCUACUAGUGCUACAGCCCUAAACGAAAGAAGUAGUAGAUCACACAGUGUUCUCUCUAUUCAUGUUCGAGGAACGGAAGUGAAGACCAACACUCUGUUGCGUGGAUGUCUGCAUCUUGUAGAUCUUGCGGGAAGUGAAAGAGUGGAUCGUUCUGAAGCAACUGGAGAUAGGCUUAAGGAGGCUCAGCAUAUAAACAAAUCACUAUCUGCACUUGGAGAUGUAAUAAAUGCUCUGUCUCAAAAGAGCCAACAUGUGCCAUAUAGAAAUAGCAAAUUGACUCAACUCCUUCAGAGUUCGUUAGGCGGUCAAGCAAAAACCCUUAUGUUUGUACAGCUUAAUCCGGAUGUUGCUUCAUACUCUGAAACUAUAAGCACUUUGAAGUUUGCUGAAAGAGUUUCUGGUGUUGAGUUAGGCGCGGCUCGAAGCAACAAAGAGGGAAGGGAUGUGAGAGAACUAAUGGAACAGAUGACAUCUCUCAAGGAAGUUAUGGCAAGGAAGGAUGAAGAGAUUGAGCGGUUGCAGUUGCUCAAGUCUAAUCAUAAUGGUGCAAAACUUGGAAUGAUCUCACCAAGACACCUGCCAUCAUCCCCAAGGAGACAUUCCGUAGGGACUCCCCACAACAGCACAAGACUUUCCGGCACAAGGAGCCUGGGGGUCAAUGAAAAAACAGCUUCUGACAUGGAUAACGGCUCAGAGUACAGUGAUAAGCAUUCGGAAGCUGGUUCUCAUCAAUCAAUGGAUGAUUUCAGGAACAAGCCCAGUUCCCUUCGGUUGAAAUUAGCUCGAGAAGACGCUGAUCAAAAUUUCAACGAGGACAUUGAACUCUUAAGAUUCGGAGAUGCUGAUUCGGAGGAGAGAUUAAGUGACAUAUCUGACGGUGGUCUUUCAAUGGGAACAGAAACUGAUGGUUCAAUCAGCAGUAUUGUGGAGUACACUCUUUUCCCUGACCUUGACAUGGCAGCUGAAACUCCACCAGCUAAGGAUAUGACAUCCAACAAACUUCCAUCUCAGAGUGCGGAAAAGUCCAAUAUGCCAUCAAGAAUUCCCAAAGCUCCGCAAGUCCAACCAAAACUGCCGACAAAAACUUCUAGGCUAUCGUUAAACAAAAGCACUUCAAAGGUUUCAUCAAGUAUUAAAAAACCGACAGUCGGUAGCUCUUCUGCAGCUUCGGCAAGAUCCUCUAAACGAUGGCAAUAG